AUGACUCGGAGGCGGAGCAGGCCGAGCGGCGGCGCGGGCCGGCGCGAGCGUGUGCGGAUCCCGGGGCCGCAGAAGCCCCAGGCGCCGGAGCCCCCGCCGCCGCUGAGCCUGGAAGCGGGAGUGGGUGCCGAGCCCCCGGAGACGCCAGCGACGGUGGAGCUCGACCGUGACGGCCUCAGGGAGGAAGACGAACCCAAGCUGGCGCCCGGCCCGCAGGUUCCCCCUACCUCCAGCCAGUCUAUGCAGACUUGUUGCCUACUGUGUCAUCGGGAACGCAAAGGCUGGGAAGAAGGCCCUUCUCAAAAUGGACUGGUGUUACAGGGUGAGAAGCUGCCCCCUGACUUCAUGCCAAAGCUCGUCAAGAACCUCCUAGGGGAGAUGCCUCUGUGGGUCUGCCACAGUUGCCGAAAGAGCAUGGAGGAAGAUGAAAGGCAGACUGGUCGAGAACACGCAGUGGCGAUCUCCUUGUCACACACAUCCUGCAAAUCACAGUCCUGUGGGGGUGACUCUCAUUCCUCUUCGUCCUCCUCUUCAUCAUCCUCAUCCUCGUCCUCCUGCCAUGGGAACUCAGGGGACUGGGAUCCCAGCUCAUUCCUGUCAGCACAUAAGCUCUCGGGCCUCUGGAACUCCCCGCACUCCAGUGGGGCCAUGCCAGGCAGCUCACUCGGGAGUCCUCCUGCCAUACCCGGUGAGACUUUCCCCAUCUCGGAGCACUACCGGCACUCAGACCUCACUGCCCCUCCUAAUAGUCCCACUGGCCACCAUCCCCAGCCAGCAUCUCUGAUCCCAUCUCACCCUGGAUCCUUUGGCUCACCCCCCCACUCCCACCUGCUGCCCACCACCCCAGCAGCGCCUUUCCCCACCCAGGCUUUCGAGUGCCCUGUUGCCACUGCCACUGCCCCCCACACCCCAGGGGCAUGUCAGAGCCCCCACCUGCCCUCUACUAGCAUGCCUCUCCUAAAGAUGCCUCCACCAUUCCCGGGGUGCAGCCACCCCUGCAGUGGGCACUGCAGUGGGCCUCUCCUCCCACCACCAAGCUCUCAGCAACUCCCCAGCACUCACAGGGACCCCGGGUGCAAGGGGCACAAGUUUACACACAGUGGCCUGGCAUGCCAGCUGCCCCAGCCGUGCGAGGCAGAUGAAGGGCUGGGCGAGGAAGAGGAUAGCAGCUCAGAGCGCAGCUCCUGCACCUCGUCCUCCACCCACCAGAGAGACGGGAAGUUCUGUGACUGCUGCUACUGUGAGUUCUUCGGCCAUAAUGCGGUGAGUGAGAAGGCCCAGUUAGCGGCAGAAGCCCUAAAGCAGGCACAUCACAGUAUUUCUGGAAGCCGGGAGCCGAGGCCUGCCAAGGAGAGGCUCUUGGAGUGGCCUGACCGGGAGCUGGACCGAGUCAACAACUUCCUGAGCAGCCGUCUGCAGGAGAUCAAGAACACUGUCAAGGACUCCAUCCGGGCCAGCUUCAGUGUAUGUGAGCUCAGCAUGGACAGCAAUGGCUACACAAAGGAUGGGGCUGCUGAACCCAAACCCCAGAGUCGGCCCCCUUCAGACCUCAACGGGUCCUCAGAGCAGCGGCCUGAUAUCAACCUUGACCUGUCCCCUUUGACUUUGGGCUCCCCCCAGAACCACACGUUACAAGCUUCAGGGGAGCCAGCCUCACCAUGGGCAGAAAUGAGAGGCCCCCACCCAUCAUGGACAGAGGUGAGGGGCCCUCCUCCUGGUAUUGUACCAGAGAACGGCCUAGUGCGGAGGCUCAACACUGUGCCCAACCUGUCCCGGGUGAUCUGGGUCAAGACCCCCAAGGCAGGCAACCCCAUCUCUGAGGACACAAGCCCAAAGGAGGUCCUUGGUUGCAAGCAGGAGCUGCCUGAGCCUGUGGCCUCAGGUGGGAAGCCUCGGAAGGGCAAGAGACAGGGCAGUCAGGCCAAGAAGAGUGAAGCAAGCCCAUGCCCCCGGCUCCCAGCCAGCCUAGAGGCUGCCAGUGCCAAGGGCCAGACGCCUGGCUCCAAGCAGCCGAGCAAAGCCCCAGAGGCUCCCAAAAUGGGCAGCUAUGUUGAGGCUGGAGAGGGGAGCCGGGGGAGCCGGCCAGGAUCAAGCUGGGCUGGCAGCCCCAAAGCUGAGAAGGAGAAGGGCAGCUCCUGGCGACACUGGCCCAGUGAGACCAAGGCUCGGCUCCCAGAGCAAGAGUCUGUGCAGCCCCCAGGCCCAGCAAGGGCACAGAGCUUGCCACAGGGCAAGGGUCGCAGCCGCCGGAGCCGCAACAAGCAGGAGAAGUCGGCCUCUUCCUUGGACGAUGUGUUCCUGCCCAAGGACAUGGAUGGAGUGGAGAUGGAUGAGACAGACCGGGAAGUGGAAUACUUUAAGAGGUUCUGUUUGGAUUCUGCAAAACAAACACGUCAGAAAGUUGCUGUGAACUGGACCAACUUCAGCCUCAAGAAAACCACUCCCAACACAGCUCAGUGA